AGUCGGGAGUCGCGGCCUUCCUAGGCGCUCGACCCCUCAGCCUGCGGCGUCCGACCGUCAUGUUUGGCCUGCGGAGAAACGCGGUGAUCGGCCUGAACCUGUACUGCGGCGGCGCCAGCCUCGGCGCGGGCGGCGGCUCUCCGGCGGGGGCGCGCCUGACGGCCGAGGAGGCCAAGGCCCGGCGCGAGGGGGGAGGGGAGGCCGCCCUGCUGCCCGGCGCGCGGGUGGUCGCGCGGCCGCCGCCCGUGGGCGCCGAGGACCCCGACGUCACCGCGUCGGCCGAGAGGCGGCGGCUGCGCUCGCCGGGCCUCCUCGCCGUGCCGCCCGACGAGAUGGCCGCGCCGGCCGCCGCCGCCGCCAUCAUGUCCCCCGAGGAGGAGCUGGACGGCUACGAGCCCGAGGCGCUCGGCAAGCGCCCGGCCGUGCUGCCCCUGCUGGAGCGCGUGAGCGAGGCGGCCAAGAGCCCGGGCGCCGACGGCUCGCUGCCCUCCACGCCGCCGCCGCCGGCCGAGGAGGACGGGGACGAGCUGUACCGCCAGUCGCUGGAGAUCAUCUCGCGCUACCUGCGGGAGCAGGCGGCCGGCGCCAAGGACACGAAGCCGCUGGGCGCGGCGGGCGCGGCGGGCCGGAGGGCGCUGGAGACCCUGCGGCGCGUGGGCGACGGCGUGCAGCGCAACCACGAGACGGCCUUCCAGGGCAUGCUUCGGAAGCUGGACAUUAAAAACGAAGACGACGUGAAAUCUUUCUCCCGAGUGAUGGUCCACGUCUUCAAAGAUGGCGUGACAAACUGGGGCAGGAUUGUGACUCUUAUUUCCUUCGGCGCCUAUGUGGCCAAGCACUUGAAGAGCAUAAACCAGGAGAGCUGCAUCGAGCCGUUAGCAGAAAGCAUCACAGACGUUCUUGUAAGGACAAAACGGGACUGGCUUGUCAAACAAAGAGGCUGGGAUGGGUUUGUGGAGUUCUUCCACGUACAGGACCUAGAAGGCGGCAUCAGAAAUGUGCUGCUGGCUUUUGCAGGUGUUGCUGGAGUAGGGGCUGGUCUGGCUUAUCUCAUAAGAUAGCCUUGUGAGUGCAGUAGGUGACUCUUAACUCCAGCCACCAAACUACAUGCUUCUGUGACAACAAAUGUAUUUAUGAAGUUGGACUUGAAGCUGCCCCGGCUUUAACAAUCCAGGAGCUCCACUCUAGCAUCAUAGCCAGAAAGAAGGCAGGUGGCUAACAAGAAUAAAUACAUGGGAAGGUGCUCCCUCUGGAAGAGUACUGUCUGAAAGAAGCAGUUUUCACUCAGCAGACUUUGGAGGCCAUGGAGGAGGACUGUAGAUUGAACGGAAGUGGGUAGAUGGACAGACUUGAUUCCCUAUCUAGAAGAGUGGCCAGUCAGGCUAGUCAUAGAGCUCAAUAAAUGUGCAGGAUCCACCACUCUCCUGUAGUGUUGAAAGAGAAGCACUAACAAUGGCGGUGACCCAUGUGAAAUGGAUUUAAGCUACAAGUGACCAGCUGUGACUAGAAGCCACAGCACUAUAGGCGGAUGCGAAGGGAGCCGCUCGCCGGUGAGCUUCCCCGGGUGCAGGCCUGGAUAGCCCAAGUGCUCAGGACACGGAGGCCUGUCUGCUCCAGCUUGGUUUGGAUGACUUAAGUUUAUCAGCCUAGUUACGGCCAAAAGUACUUGACUCAAGGUUCGCUAAUUAGUUACAAGACUGAGAAGCCUCAAUUUUUAAGAAAAACAACUUAUAAAAAAAUGUAUUUGUCUGUAAAAAUUGUAUAUAUUUUUACAGAAAGUCUAUUUGAAUAUAAAAGAGGGAAGUCUUGGAUUUAGUUUUUCCACACCCUUUUGAAAUUUGCAACUUCUCUAGUUAGAAAUCUAUUUCUUAGAGCUUUUUAAAACUUCGUCAUAAUCAGUUCUAGAGUGUAUCCAGAACCAGUUGUGUGUGUGGACUGGUUGUAGUGGAACAAAUCAGAUUCAGAACUAUGCAGGCUUCAUUUUCCAGUCUGAUUUUGUAUCACAGAUAGAGGUAAGACAUUUGAUGUGCUGAAAUUGUAAAGUGGUUUGGGAACACAGGCUAGACUCAUAACCAUGGUGCUAUUCACAGGAUUUACUUGUUUAACACAAGUUUAAGCCUGGUGGUGUCAAUAAAACAAGUAUGUAUUUCUUUUCUA